AUUCAGGUAUUUGAACUGCAUGAGCAACCAAGAAUCCUCUUCUGAAACCAAAUCUCGUAGUCAUACACUAUCAACAUUAUCAACUCUAAAAGGUCUGACCAAAUCUGGCGCCAAGCUCCAGAAGCAUGCGAAAAAGCGGCUUGAUAUCGAGGUUCAACAUACUCCUCCGGAUGCAAAAAUUCUUGCGAAAUACCAGCAAAGUCAGUUGAUCGAUGUAUCUUCCAGUGAAUUUACUGACAUAGGAACUGUUAGUAUUGAGCAGCCUGGAAGAUUUUGUUUAGAGGUUUCCCGAGGUACCAAUACCAAGGGGAAAAUGAAGCCUGUUCCCACUCCAAGGAGAUUUGUUACACCUCCCAGCUCUUCAUCUGUCCUGAAGGAUGAAGAUGCAGAAGAAGCAGAUUCUGAGUCUGACUAUAAUCCCAUUCCUCGUGCCUCAUCCAUGUCUCUGCAGAUAAGUAAAUCACCAACCUUCGUCCCAAAACACAGCAAGUCCAUGUCUUUACCACGUAGACCACCUUUGACUUCAUGUCCGAGUAGUCCUCCAAGUAGUAUACCACAGGUAUUUAAACCAGACAUGGCAUCAAGAUUACACUCACAAACACUUCCCGCUCCUUUCCUAAGUCUCCUCCCCCUGAACUUCCACCUGGAAAGACUGAAGAACCAACAGAUCCCCAAGCUUCUUUAAUAAAUCCUUCUUUUGAUCUUAUGAUAUCCCCUUUAUUUGCCCCUUCCGGUGCAUUUCAGAGUUCGAUUUUAAAGCCUCAGCAAAAGACUUGCAGAGAUGUAGAUUCUCAACAGAAGACAUGCAGAAAUAUAGAUUUUCAAGCAAAUCGAAAUGAGAGUGCUGUUUCUCGCGAUCGGACCGCUUUUAUCACCCUUGAUUCGAGCUUUCUUCUUAAGCCCCAAAGUCGUUCACAGUGUGAGUCAGACUCAGAUAGAUCCCGUAAGUCUCCUUCUCCAAGUCCGGUGUCGAAAAGAAAAAGGAACGAAGCUCGAAGGGCUGCUCUCAAACGAGAAGCAGAUCCUAACCACUUGAAGCCGCAAUCGUUCAAAGUUGGAUAUCUCUAUAAAAGGGAAGGAAAUGAUUACAAAACUAAGCGCCACUUUCGACUGAGCACGGAGGGUGGUCUGAGGAUCUAUAAAAACGAACAAGACAAAGCGACCUCCCCAAUUGGCGACAUUUGUCUCGACUUUAUGAGAUGUGAGCUGCAAGCAGGUGUUCCAGACAUCACAAACAAAGAUCCCCGAUACUUUUUCUGUUUGAAAAGUGACGACCUCUCCGCAAAAGCUUGGUUUUUAGCAGCUGAGUCGGAGUAUGAACGGAAAAAGUGGAUGGUUUCCCUAGGCUGGCACAUUGAUAACCACUGCAAACCAUCAGUGACUGAUGUGAAUGUACAAACGAAAGAAUACCUUGGCUACCAAAAUUCAGACGAACAAGAAAACGAAUGCAACACAUCGUCAUCUAACUCAGAUUAUGACUCUGAUUCGGAUGAUGUUUACCAACCCGGUAUCCAAAGAUCACUGAGACUAGUACCCCAAAUAGCAGAACCUGACGAUGACAUAUACGGAGAAUUUGAUCCCGGUUUAACGAUAUCUCAAUAUGAGAUGGCCGAAACAGCCUCCGCCAUGAAGGUGAUGUCACUACAUGAACCAAGGAGAGGCUCGCUCGACAGAAAAGCCAGCACAACCCACAACAUCAUCCCUGAUCUUGAAAGCAGAAAAUCAGUAAACCCUAUCAUCACUGAAGAGGAAGAGGAUGACACUUACAUGGCAGCAGGUGAUGUAGGUGGAUCCUCCACACUCUCAGUUCAGAUGUCUUUGGGAGGUGAACCAAUAAUGUUUCCACCACAAGCUGCAGAUGAUGACGAUACAUACAUGGAUGGGUUCUCAUUGAAGAUGUCCAGUAGUGCUCCUCUGGAAGCUCCUGCUCUGCCAGCGAGCAGACCUCCUUCUUUUCUUGAAUCAGAUAAACACUAUCUCCCUCCGAUGGGUUCUCAUUCCGUGUCAGUAGAUAGAGGAGAAUCUGCAUCCACGAUGCCUCUUUACCACAACCUACGAAUAGAUGAAGUGUUCAGUGAUGAGGAAAACCUUUACAUUGAUCACGACGAAUUUGCGUCCUGUACAAUCAAGGAUGAUGAUAUCUAUGCUGCACCUCCAACGCUCAGAGUAGAUGUGCAACAAAACUUUGUCCCACCUUUUCCACUGAGAGUCCCCCAAAAUGUGGCUCUAGCUCCCUUACCACCCCGAAAUUUACCGCCCAGGCGACCUUCUUAGCGGAGACUUGAUCAUGUGAUCAGAUUCAAAUCAGCUAUAUUACAACGACGAUUGCGGCUAUUUAUUGGUAAGCUCUUGGUAAUGGCAUUUUGCUAGAAAAUCGUUGUUGAGGGUUUAUCAGACCGACAAGGUGUUUCAUUACCGAAAUCAAGAUAUGAUCAUCCAUAUAAAUUUGAUCUGGCAGAGAUCAUGGUUGCAUAGUAUAAGUUAUGAUAUACAUUUUAAUUACCAUGGCUAGGGUCGCAAUUGAAAAACUUUAAUGUUUAAGAGCUAUUAGAAUGAUCUAAAGUUGUUAUAUUGCUAAGUCAUCAAAGUAGUAGAACGCUCGUAUUAGGCUGAUAAUGAAUUUUGACUGUUUAAUUUUUGAGGUUUGA